AUGAAAACAGGCGACUUUGAGUCUCCGCAGAAAAUGUCUUCGAAGAUUCUUAGCGCCAGUUCCUCGAAGAUGAAGCUCAGCGGGGCCCAGCGGCCCCGUAAAGCCGGCUGUGAGCGUAAUGUCGCGUCGGUGCUUCUUCAGCAAAGACAAGCUCUUCGCAUUAUUCAGGAAGACGUCGACGUUACACCUAAGCCGCUGAUUCAUCCGGCAUUCGACGUUAUCGAGGAGAAUCAGAUCACCGCGUUAGAGACCCUCGGGAUCUUCCAGACAGGAAGUAGUGCUCAAUUGAUGUCUCCGUCCGACUUAAGCGGUCUCAAAGCCAGCUCUUCCAUUCUCCUCAAGUCUUCAAUGCUGUCAGACGACAUGCAGUUGGAGAGUUUACUCAUCACUGAAGUGUGCGAACCCUUGCAAGAGGAAGAAGACGCUGCACCAGCACCGUUCUUCUUACCCAGAGAUGAUUCAAUGAUAUUACUCGAGCGUUCGGAAACUGUGACAAUUACCCUGAAAGAGACGCAGACAUUCUUCAUCUUCGAGAUGCCACAGUUGACCGGCGAUUUGUUGACGCCAGAAGGACAGGCAAUUAAACAGGAAAACGAAUAUUACGAGUACGUAACAGUGGGACCUGGCUCGAAUCGGAAACUGAUAGACGCUGAGACGCAGACGAUACGCGUGUUAACAAAAUCGCGCGGUACCUAUUUGGGCGCGAGACCUAGGAAAAAUCAAGGAAUGUUCGUGAACAACUGGGUGAUUCACGACACCUACGCAAUGCCGGAACUGAUAACAGAGAGAGACGGACGUUUGAUGGUGCAUUCGAAGGAAUCGAUGCGACGGAUGCGAGAAGCACAAGAGUUGCAGUACAAGCUUCCCGAGCCCGAAAUAACUCUCGACCCAAGCCUUGAAGAACAAUUGUCCUACAUCUGCCAAAACACUCGCUUCCUAGAUGCAGCGCGCGUGAUGGAACGCCUAAUUGCGAACAAUGUGUUCCUAGCAGUGCAGAAACGUUUCACCGGAGUGACUGUGCGCGAUCCCUGCGCUUUGGAUCUCUGCUUCGACUACCGGUUGGACUUACUAUGGAUGCACGUGUGUGACGAAGCUCGCGGCCGGCCGGUCGCGUCGUUUCGUUGGAGUCCGGCUAAUACGAGCGUCCUUGCCGUUGGCUACGGCGCACAGACUGAUUCAAAUGACAAGCGGAGCGGUUUGGUGCUGAUUUGGUGCGCCAAAAAUCCGAGUCAUCCCGCUCGUCGCUACAUAUUCGACAGCUCGGUGUCAGACAUCAACUGGAGCACAAUUCGACCAAAUCUCCUGGCGAUCGGUUUUUACGACGGUAAUGUCAAAGUCAUCGAUGUUAGCGCUAAGGAUGUCAACGUGAUCAGACAGAGUCAGAGGGAGACGUCGCCAGCCUGUUCGCCACAUUGGCAGGUACAAUGGUGGGGCGGUGAUGAGCAGUUCGACUACCAAGAACAGAUCUACACUAGUGAUCAAGACGGUCGGGUGUACUGCUACCGUUUCGGCGAAGACUUCCUCGCCUCGGAGAUUAUGCGAUUGUACCGCGUAGAAGGUAAAUUAAUGGGUGUGACCAGGAAUCACCAUUGCGUGGCCUACGACGUGCCCAUUAGUCGGCAACCAGGUGCCUUAGUUCUGCGAAGACACCCCAGCAUCAGUAACAUUUAUCUCGUCGGUUCAGACGAAGGUUGUAUCUAUCGAUGCUCUACUACUUACUUGCGCCAGCAUAUAGAUAGUUUCCUGGCGCACGACGGCCCGGUUUAUUCUCUCGAGUUUUCGCCGUUCUGUCAGAAGCUCUUUCUCACUUGCGGUGCUGACUGGUGCACCAGGAUUUGGGCAGAAGGUCUCACCGAGCCACUUAUUACUUUGUCAACGACGAUGGCGUGCGUGCGAAGUGCACAAUGGAGUCCUACAUGUUCCACCGUCAUCGCUAACGUGAUCAACAAUCAAAUCUGCAUCUGGGACAUACGCAGAAAAACCUACAGCCCGGUAUCCGUGACAAUCUCCAACUACGGCGCCAGGCUGGUCGCUGCUGACUUUACAACGAAUGGGAAUCAACUAGUGGUCGCCGACAUUGAAGGCGCAGUUUAUGUCUACAACCUAGAGGGUAUGCCGUUCCCGCCGUAUGACCAGAACAAAGUGCUGAUCGAGUCCAUCCACAAGGCGCUGCUGACCAAGCCGGGAUUACUGAACAAACUGAAGAAGCUAGGUCCACCUUUCUGAUCAUCUAUAUCUCAUUGCAACAAAGGGGAAGACGUUCCUUCACAAGCUAGAUGAUGUUCGCCAGGCUCUGCAGACAAGUUCCAAAUGGGGACCUGAAGAGGCGACACUCCUGGAGCAGCGAGGUCGACUAUCAGCCGGCGGAAACGGAAGCUGUGACCACCUCGGGAGAAGAUCCCGCUGCCUCGGCCCCUUCGGACGACGACAGAAUCUCCUACAAGGAUCACCUCGAAGAGUAGAAAAUGCGGCUGGCCGCAUCGCGCAGACCGCGGCGAGAGUGGCGUAUGCAUUCCCCGACACUGGCGUCCUUCGAUCUGUCCGAAGAAAAUCGAGAGGAUCCCUCUCGCGAAGGUAAAAGUGGUGGCGUGCACGAUAAUUCGAGCUAAGACCUUAUAAUUAACCGCGCGAGAGAUGGUGGAGGGCGCGGGGAUGACAGGGAGAACGGAGCCGCGAGGAGGAAGGGGAAAGUUCGAUGAGAAACGUAAGGGCAAAAGGAGGGUAAAAAGGGAAUGAAAGGGAGAUAAAGACUGAGAACUCUCUCGGACGUUUUGGUAGGAGGAGAAA